AUGGCGAAUGCGGACUGGGUUGCGCUGGCGGAGCUAUGGAUGCGCAGCUACUGUCCGCCCAUGGACGCCGCUCUCAUUCACCAGCUCGCCGCGCGCACAGUCUCGUCGCUCGCCGCGCCAUCCGUCAAUGGCGCCACGGGUUCUUCAAGUGCAACCACCGCAAGCUCUUCCGAAGAGUCGCAUGGCGCGGCGGUGGCGGGGCAGGUGCAGCUGGAGCUGGCGGCGCUUUUGGGGGGGGAGGUGCCGCGAGGGGAGGCGACGGACGGUGAGGAGGAGGCGAGAGAGCGAGGAUGCGAGAGCGUGGAGAAGCACUGCCUGCAGUCACUGGUCGACAUCCACGUGUCGCACGGCCGAUGCCAGUGCGCCAUCUCCGUCACACCGGAACUAGUGAAUCGGUACAACUCGCUGCACGGAGGAGCCAUUGCCACGCUCACAGACGUCGUGACGUCAGCAGCGCUGAUAGCGGCGGUGGGGCCGCCAGGGGGCGUGUCAACGGACCUGAGUGUGGCAUACCUCGAUGCCGCCAAGCUGGGGGAGGUGGUGGAUGUGGAUGCAUCUGUGCUGCGCGUCGGCAAGUCCCUCGCCUUCCUGCAGGCUCUAUUCCACCGCCGCAGCGACGGUGUGCUGCUGGCAGUGGGGCGCCACACCAAGUUCCUGGUGGGGCCGCAGCGCCAGAGCAGGGCGCCUGUGAGGGGCACAGGGGGGCAGGCAGAGCAGCGAGCCGACCAGCCUAGCGGGGAAGGCAAGCAGGGCGACGCAGGUGCUGCCGGUGGUGCAGGCAGCAUGGCAGUCAGAGGGGAGGCGGCUGAGGACGGUGGGAUGGGAAAUCAACGUGCACUUCGAUCCAGAUUGUGA